AAAUUCUGACUUUAAUCUCAGAAUUCUGACUUUAAUCUCAGAAUUCUGACUUUAAUCUCAGAAUUCUGACUUUAAUCUCAGAAUUCUGACUUUAAUGCAGGUGAGCACCUGGAAGCAUCUGGGUGCAACCAGCUUCAUCGCCUGAGAUGUGAGUCGUGCAGGGGAACGUCCAGCAAUCUUGGGGAACAUGUCAGAUUUAAGUGACUUUUUACGUGGCUGAGGGGUUCCUGAGGAUGCCAUUUCAUUAUUGGAAGAGCAGAAGAUUGAUUGGGAUGUCAUAGCGCUGAUGGAUGACGCAACUCUGGCAAAUUAUAUCCAUUCCUAUGGAGACCGAAUUGCCCUCUUCAAUUUCUGCAAAAGCAAACAACCACUCUCAAAAACAAAACAGGGUCUUCUGCAGAAGCUUCGUGAGAAAAUGAAAACCAAAAAGGAAAGUACAAAGGAAAACACCUCGCAAGAAAGAACAAGACAGACAAAGAAGCAAAAAGCAACAUGCAAUAUUGAGAUAGGAUGGAUACAUAGUGAUGGAAAAAUAACCAAACAGGUGAGAGCGAAACAGGGAGGUGGGACUAGAAAAAUUCAAAUGGUCACUGAUGCUGAAUUAAAAGAUAUUCUUCAUGAAGGAAAGAAACUUUUUUUUCCUGAUGGCAUGUCUCCUAAGGGUCCUGAGACAGAUUUUGAGUUUGAGGUUUGGGACUUUAAACAGAACCACCUUACUGAUGACACCUGCCUGACGAUUGGCAAUAUGUAUGAAGCAGCGAGGCUGACAAUGUUACGCUUCUACAUUGCAAUUAAGACAAAAGUUCCUGAAGAAGAUGACAGCGAGACAUCCAAAGUCAUAUUUGUCUUGGAAAGCAGUAGCAGUGAAAUUAAUCCAUUGCAAACGUGGGAAGUCAGGAGUUCUUCUGUUGAUGCCCACCCUGGUUUAGAACCUUCAGAUGAUUCAGAAAUUACUUUUGGUCCCAUUCUUAAUGCUGAGGAAGAUACAGAAGACACAUUAAUCUAUGAGGGUUUUCUUGUAUCCCUCAGUCCAGCUAAUCCAGAUGAUGUAAUAACAAUCACUGUACAUCAUACUAACACUUUACAUGACAUUAUUACUGCUUUCUCUGAUUCAGAUAUUAUGAGAAAAAACACUGAAUGUGAAGCGCAUACUUCCAGACAACACAGAAGAAGCAGGCAGUUGCUCAGGGAUACUAAGAGAUGUUCUCACCUGCUUCUGGAAUGAAUUCUAUGAGCGAUGCACCCUCGGUACAACAGUUAAAGUGCCCUUCAUUCGCCAUGAUUUUCCUGCUG